CUAGCGUCAAUGAAAUUGCACCUUUAUUGUUUUCAAGGUUCCGGGACCUGACAAUCCUAUUUUUACGACAAAUGGUUGUGAUAUUGUAUUAUAAAGCUGUCUAACAUUGACGAGAAGGAACGGAAACGAGCCAGCAUGCCAGAACCUGUGAAUCACCAGGUGAAUGCCGCUCGUAAGACGUUCCGAACCUUAUACCAGAUCUCCAAGCUGCUAAACACGAAUCUCGACGAAAAUACUCUGAGUAUCUGCAUCAGAUUGUGCGAAAAUGGAGUGAAUCCGCACGCUCUUGCCACUGUGGUGAAGGAACUUCAGCGAGAGGUCAAAGCGAUGAAUGAUGCACAGUUGGAAUUUGCCAGUAAGACCAGCACAACCAAAUAAAUCCAAACAAGUAUGACACUGUUGUUAUCCUUCCACACAUUCUUUAGAAUUUAUUUGUUCAAUAAAUAUUUUUAAAUGCCAUGUGUAAAUUUUAUUAAUUAUACAC